AAUAAAUAAAAACAAAAACCUCUUUGAAAAAUAUUUAAUAUGCCUAGGGGUCGCAAUGAUCAGCACUCUGACUACAUCGAAGUCAGGGAUGUUUGCAGGCGAAACAAAUAUUCGCGAAUUGGUCUAAUUGUCACGAUCUUACCAGGCAUUUUAUUGGGUGGUUAUAUUGGCAAGAAACUGGCUCAUUUCCUUGAAAUCUGCAACUUGUUCACGCCCGAUAUUGUCGAUGACGACUAGAUGCAAUGUGGCACAGAACAACUGAUGUGGCAUGAUAAACUUUGAGAAUUUGGAGCAAGCCUGUCCCCAUCCUGUUUUUAUAUAUGCUAAUGUGCCACACCAAACAUGCCAAACGGGAUGCUGCAAAAAAUAUUCUAUGCCACAAAUAAUGCGAGUCAAGCCAAGAAUCAUAAAUCACUUCUUGUAUUUUAACAUCCAAAAUCAUAAGUUGUCAAGGAUUUCGUAAUAAACUUUACAAAUUUGA